AUGGCUGCUGUGUCGGUAAGAGAGGGCGGCCCGACCCUCAAGACACCACUCGACUUUGAGGACAGCCCGCUGAGCCGGUCGGCGCGUCAGCCGUUGCUGCUGGGAGUGUUCCUGGACUUGCAGGACCGGAAAAUCUCCAACUAUCCCACCAGCAACAGCUGGAAGUUUGACUAUAAUGUAGACAUUGUCAAGAAGGCCGAUGCGCUGGGGUUUGACAUCGCCUUCAGCCGCACUCAAUGGCUGCCUAAAGGCGGCUACGACGGCGAGGCUUCGCUGGAUGCCUUCAUCGCCCUCGGCGCCAUGGCGGCCGUGACGAAGAACAUUCUGCUGAUCUCGACCAUUCACGUCCUGUACGGUCCGCUGCACCCCUUACACAUUGCCAAGUACGGCGCGACGCUAGAUCACAUCUCCAAGGGCCGCUGGGGCAUCAACAUCGUCACGGGCCAUCGGGCGAUCGAGCACCAGAUGUUCGGGUGGAAUCGCAUUGAGCACGACAAGCGGUACGAGAUGGCCGGCGAGCUCUUCGACGUGGUGAACAGCCUGUGGGGGGAGACGGAGAACCUCACGUACGAGGGUCGCGUGUCUCCCUGGAAGCUGGAGAAUGCGUGGAUCACGCCCAAACCUCUCUACGGUCGGCCUGUGCUGGUGAACGCCACGGGGUCUCCGGCCGGGAUCGACUUCGCCACCCGCUACUCCGACCUGGUCUUCAUCACCUCGCCUGGCGGCGCAGCCAUCGAGAGUGCCCUCGCCACGCUGCCGGACCAUAUCGCCACGAUCAAGAACGCAGCCAAGGCGAGGGGGCGCACGGUCAAGACGCUGAUCAAUCCCGUCAUCGUUUCACGCGACACGCCCGAGGAGACUGACGCCUACCUACAGGCCAUCGUGGACGGCCAGGAGAAGAAGGCGCCGGGGGACAGCAAAUUCGGCCACAAGGGGUAUGAUAGUGACGCUCACGCGUGGAAGGGUCGCCUGGACGGCCGCCAUAAGCAGGGGUACAAUCUGGGCGGUAACAUCGAGGUCAUCGGCUCGCCUGAGCAGGUGGUCGAGCAGCUGGCCGCCCUGCACAAGGUGGGCAUCGACGGCGUGCAGCUUGGCUUUUACGACUGGAAAAUCGACUUUGAUCAUUUCGCCACUAAGAUCCUUCCGCUCCUCAAGGAAGCCGGUCUGCGCGUGGACUGA